UUAGCUGGGUAUAUUUAGCUGAUUACAUUAUCGGAUCAGGUUUAACCUGCGGUCCAACAAUAUAGGGAGAAGUUAUAGUUUAUGCUAUAUUCCGGCCAACAUUAGUCGCGGUGUAGUUAGCUAACUAGUUAACCUAACAUCAACAGCAGCUUUUUUUUUUAUAUCUUAGUAGAUCCUUGGUUUUCUGUGAGGACCGAAAACAGACGAUUUGUGAAAUGUCUUCAGACGAAGACAGGGCCAAGGAAAUUUUGAAGGGCUUCAAACUAAACUGGAUGAAUCUUCGAGAUGCAGAAACGGGAAAAGUGCUGUGGCAGGGAACUGAGGACCUCUCUGUACCGGGAGUAGAACAUGAAGCUCGCGUCCCGAAGAAGAUCCUGAAGUGUAAAGCAGUGUCCAGAGAACUGAACUUCUCCUCUUCGGAGAAACUGGAGAAAUUCAGGCUGGAGCAGAAAGUUUUCUUCAAAGGACAGUGUCUAGAAGAAUGGUUCUUUGAGUUUGGUUUCGUCAUCCCCAACUCCACCAACACAUGGCAGUCUCUGAUAGAAGCAGCUCCAGAGUCCCAGAUGAUGCCAGCCAACGUUUUAACUGGUAAUGUGAUCAUAGAGACCAAGUUUUACGACGACGACCUCCAUGUCAGCACCUCCAGGGUACGACUCUUCUACGUCUGACCUCUGACCCACGUCUCUACCUUCCAAAAUGCUGACAUCCUGCCAAGGUCUAUAAAUAACAGAGGUUAGCUACAAAUUGCAACAGUAAACAGUUCAUGGCUGACUCUGGAUCAGCACAUUUGGGUGAAGCCCAUCUGUGGUCCCACAGUCAGUGAAGUGAGCUUUGUGUUUUGGUUGUUCUAUUGUUUUGUGCUGACCUGAAAACUUCUUCUAGACCUUGGGAGGAGAGGGAAGAGGAGGAGAGAGGACUCGGUCGUUCCCCCCUGUCCCAAGAUCAUCUCUCUAUACCACCCCCACCCACCCACCCACCCUCCACCCCCCCCAGACUGUUCCAUUGUAAAUACAUAACCACUGAUCUCAAGUCAGCCAGGGAGCCACUCACUCAUGACACAAUUUUUGCUUCUUUUUUUUUUUUUUUUUAAUUCUGCCCUCCCUCUGCAAGGUUGCAUUUACUCAGGAACAGAACAUUAGACGUGUAACCUUCUGUGAUCUGAUCUUCUUCUGUCUGUCUGAACAUGGAAACACCGCUCCCCACGUUUCGUCCAUUUAGACAGGAGCUGCACAUCCGUCUCGAGGGAAGACGCAGCUCAGUGUCUCUCCUGAGCUACGGUCAAGAAGUUUUCACCAUAAAACAGUCGAUAACAUUUCCUCCAGCUGUGUCCCAUUCCAGAGGCUGCCUCCACUUCCUGAUCAGACUGUCCCAGUGAAUUGAGUCAGAAAAUUGUUCUAUUACCAGAGGAAAGGAAGUUAUGUGGAUUUAUUUGGACAUAUCAACUCUUGAAAUUUCCACUUUUAUGAAUUGAUGAGGGCUUCCUGAAUGCACUGUUAAUGGUGGUCUCUGUGAGGCCAAGCUGGUGGAGCUGCUGAUGUAUCUUUUGUCGUCUGAAGGGCACACCUUUGCUGGCAGCCUCUGAAGUCGGACACGGCUUCUACCAACCAAACCUGUCCUGUUUUCUGACCGCACAGAGUAGAGUAGAACAGGGGUUUUCACUGUAGAGGACCACCUGUCCACCAAGGCAGCCUCUGGUUCAACUGGACUGCUUCUUGUCUGUAUUGUUUGAAAUGAAACCUGCACACUGUUGCCAUGAUGACACGAGCUCGACCAGGAAGUGUCUGAGGGACGUUCAUCAGCAAACACAAGGGGGUUGUAGUACAUACAUGUAUGUGCUUGACUUUCAGAGGUGUACUUACAUAAAACAUUCAACACUCAACUAAAUCCUCAUCGGGUGUUGACCGAGACAUGCAUCAUUUCUUCUCAGUAGCUCACCUUUCAAUAAUUUUAUCCGAACUUGACCCAGAUGUUAACAGCCGCUUUAGGUGUUUAACACAGCUCUGCUCGGUACAUCCUGGCUAUAGAUUUUUAACUUUGACUUCCCGUCCAAUUCACUGCAUUUAUGUCAUUGUUUGUUUUUUUCCUUAGCUGCUAACUGAGCUGUGUAAAAUAGAAUUGUUUUAAUAUGAGAGGAGUAGUGGAUUAAAGUCAUCCAAUGUUGUAAUAACAUAAUGUGCGUCUGCUCUUUAUUGUAUUGCUUUCAAAUAAGUUUACCUGUACCUUAUUUGAAAGCAUGUGUGGGUUUAUUAUGUUAAUGUUAACACAGUGACAGAAAUGCAUUGACACCUGACACUUUGGAAACACAAGGUGGCUGCUGUGUGAAAUUAGUUUAGCUAAACCGCCACCCUCAGGAAUUUAAAAGAAGUGGCAGUGUGAUUGCACUGUUAAAAAAAAAAAAAUCUGUUUAGGUUCAGCUGAAUGAUUUGUAUCGGUUAAAAUCACCAGUCAAAUAAGUAUCCAAACGCAAAUGUAACAUUUGUACAUAUAUUGAAUUUCCAUAUAUGAAAUAUAUGUACAUACAAAAUUAAAACGCAUGUAAAAAUUAUAUAUAAAAGAUUGAAAAUUGGAAUAAUUUUAUAUAUUUACACAUAUGUUUAGCCUAUACAAAUAUGUAUGUUUAUGCAUGUAUGUAGGCUUACAUUGAAGACAUAUGUUCAUCCCAAAGCCUGUUAAUAUAUGUUGAUAUUAUAUACAGUUGGGUCCAAAAGUCUGAGACCACUUUCCCAGGAUGGGAAGAUCAACAUGUUUAAAAUUAAUGAGAAAAACACAUAUAAGCAUAUAUAAUUUUUAUAUGUAUGUUAUUUUAAUUAACUUCCCUAUAUAAAUUAAAUGUAUGUCAUUAACCUGUACUGUAUGGCCACAACAUGUUAUACCAUGUAAAUAUUAAUCAUAGACAUUUUUGAUAUAUGUAAAUAUACAUAUUUUAUUUAUUUCAGUCCUGUUUGUUUUUUGUUUGUGGUUUGGACAGGAGUGUCGUCAAUAGACUGUAGUGUUAAAUAAAAAAACAUUCUCAUGAAAGUGCA